ACAUCAUAGUUCUCCAGACCCAAACACAUUCCUUCCCUUCAAAGAAUCAUGGAGAUUGAUCAAGCGCAAGACUCAGCAAACCUUGAUGAUUACUCUCCUAACACCAAGUCUGUGCAAUUUAGUUUGCUUCAGACAAAGUCGGCGAGAAGCAAUGCAGCAGAAGAGAGGACUGCAUGGUUGCGAUCUCAGCUGAUCGGGAGCGGCUUGGAGUUCAACACCCCAUUUGGGAAGCGCCUUCUAACAUAUGCAGAUCACACAGCAUCAGGAAGGUGUUUGCAGUACAUUGAGAAUUAUAUCAUCCAAGAAUUGCUCCCUUCAUAUGGGAACACCCACACAGAUGACAGCUUUGUUGGGAGCAAGACCACAAGAAUGGUUCAAGAAGCAGCUACAUACAUCAAGCAAUGCAUGGGGGGAGGGCCCAAUGAUGCACUCAUAUUUUGUGGCUCGGGCUCCUCUGCAGCCAUCAAGAGAGUCCAAGAAGUGAUAGGCAUUGCAGUGCCUUCGAUCAUGCGAGAUAGGGUGCUGCAGAGCCUCAGGGCAGAUGAAAGAUGGGUGGUUUUCGUCGGGCCAUACGAGCAUCACUCCAACCUCCUCUCAUGGCGUCAGAGCCUUGCAGAGGUGGUGGAGAUAGGAAUUGAUGACAAGGGCCUGCUCGACAUGGAGGCCUUGAGGUUCGAACUCAUGUCGCCGAAGUAUGCAAACCGGCCCUUGCUCGGCUCUUUCUCGGCUUGCAGCAAUGUCACCGGAAUCCUUACCGACACCCGGGCUUUGGCUCGGCUUCUGCACCAACAUGGUGCCUUCGCAUGCUUCGACUUCGCUGCGAGUGGCCCAUAUGUAGAAAUUGAUAUGCGAUCAGGUGGUAUAGAUGGAUAUGAUGCAGUCUUUCUCAGUCCACACAAGUUUGUUGGAGGCCCUGGAACUCCUGGCAUCCUCCUGAUGAACGAAGCCCUCUAUCAGCUGAGAUCUUCGCCACCUUCUACUUGUGGAGGUGGCACCGUUGCUUACGUUAAUGGCUUUAAUGAGAAGGAUACAUUAUACUAUGACCAUGUGGAGGAGAGGGAGGACAGUGGAACUCCACCCAUCAUCCAAAAGGUCCGAGCUGCAAUGGCCUUUUGGGUGAAAGAGUACAUUGGCCAUGAUCACAUCUAUCUCCAGGAGCGAGUUUAUGCUGAGACAGCACUCAGAAGGCUACUUCCAAAUCCAAACAUUGUAGUACUAGAAGGCAACAAGCAAGUCAAGAGACUCCCUAUCUUCUCCUUCCUUGUGUGGGCAGAGGGAGGGAACAAGGAAGGGAAGCCCCUCCAUGGGCGCUUCGUUGCAAAGAUACUAAAUGAUCUCUUCGGCAUCCAGGCUCGUGGUGGGUGUGCUUGUGCCGGUCCCUACGGUCACUAUCUUCUUGGAGUGGAUGAGACGCUUUCUCUUGGCAUUCGGUCAGCUAUUCUGAAGGGGUACAAUGGAUUGAAACCAGGGUGGACUAGAAUUAGCUUCCCAUACUACAUGUCCAAAGAAGAAGUUGACUUCAUCAUUGCUUCGCUUGAGUUCAUUGCAAUGUGUGGUCAUCGAUUCCUCCCUCUAUAUCAAUUUGAUUGGGUGACAGGAGAUUGGACCUCUCGCAAGCAUGUGUUCAAGUAUCAUCUAGUGAAGGAGGAACUAGCCCUCGCAUCGAGUGACUUGUUGGUAGAGAACGGUAUCGAUGCGAAGGAAGAGAAGCCAUGGAGCUCGGAGGCAGGAAGAGCAAGCGAUGAGAGCCCCAAGACAUUGAGUGCAGCUCAAAGAUUUGAGUGUUACUUAGAGAUUGCGAGAAGCAUUGCAUUUUCCCUUCCCGAGCACCCUCAUUCAAGCAGCAUUCCAGAAGACAUAGAUCCCAACCUGAUCCUUUUCAGAAUCUAAUGAGCUCCUUGGUGCAUAACAAUGCAAUCUUCUUGGCAAGUAAAAGAGAGAACCAGAAAUUAUAAAACGAGAGCUAGAAAAAAAAGCAUCCAAGUCUCUUCUUGAGCCUAAGAAGAUUAGAAAAAGGUGAGGAAAACUAAAUUGACACGCUUUGGCUAAAAUGAAACACUACCAAAUCUACAGUUAUUUGUAAAAGUUUC